AAAGGCUGCCAAGGAAGAUCUUGCAUAUGCAACCUCAAGAUGAUUUAGCAACUGUUUCACGUACUCUGACCCAGUCGCUGAAGAGCCCUUCGUGCAAGACAAGCUGACCUCUCCAGGCCACGCUAGGCUCAGUGUGGUCUCACAAACCAGAGCCCCGGUCUCUGCCCUCUGUGCUGUGCUGACUUUCAGCCUCCCAGCCUCAGAGGCUGCACACCAGAGUCUUCCUCUGACCUUGAGCUGGCUGCCAGUCCUUGGUGUCCUGCCCCAGGGGACACUGGAACACUGUCACCUCUGCUGUUCUUUUCAGAGGGAGAUGAAGGUGCUGCUGAGCCUGACCCUGCUGCUGACAUGGCUGGAGCGCUGCAGCGGGGCUGCAGGGGUGUUCAUGGAGCCUCAGCUCCGAGCUAGGGCCGGAGACUCUGUGCUGCUGCCGUGCCUCUUCCUAGACCCCGAGAGCAGGGGAUGGACCCUGCACAAAGUGGACUGGCUGCACAAGGCAGGAGCCGGCGCUCAGGAGGAGAUGGUGUUUUUUUACUACAGCAACCACGCCGUCCCCGCGGGCCGCUUCAAGAAGCGGGUGCAGUGGCGGGGGAACAUCUCCCGCUGGGACGGCUCCAUCCUGCUGCAGGACCUGCGCGUCCACGACAGCGGCACCUACGAGUGCGAGCUGCGGCUGCUGCAGAACAGCAGCGUCUUCAAGAGCCGGACGGUGCUGCUCGUCAGCCCGGCCCCGAGAGGACGAGAAGCAGCGGCUGCCGAGGAUGCCGCACAGCCCCCGAGAGACUCCGGGUUCUGGCCGGCGGUGGUGGGCUGUGGCUGCGUGGCCGUGGUGGUGGCGUUCCUGGCCGGGCUCUGCGUGAGGAAGAGGUUUGCAACCAUCACAGCCCUGGAGAGGAUGGGGAACAGCAGCAGCAAGAACAAAGCAGAGGAAGCGAUUUACUCCUCAAUCCCCGGAGCUGAGGUACCCAAGGCUGAGCAGGAAGCAAAGAAGAAGAGGAGAGCUGAGGACACGUACAUAACCAUGCACCCCUCUCACGGCCGCGACAACGGAGUCUACGUGGAGCUGGCCAAGAGGGCGAUCCCGACGGAAUGGAUGGCAGAGGGGACACAGGGAGAUGGGCAGAGCCAAGAGCCCCCCAGCAGGUCCGGGGAGGCACUCCCCCGGCCUCCAGAGCAGCAGAAAUAGCUGUGCUGAGGGAUGGCAGCCCCUUGUCCAGGUGUGUCCUAAACACCUUUGUCCCUCUGAGGACUGAGAACCGGUGACAUGUCACUGUGUGCCCUGUGCCAGGGCACUGCUGGGGCACAGCCCACCCCAGCUGUCUGCAGGGGACCAGGGGACACCUGUCCCUCCGGCUCUUGCCCCCUGGACUCCGAAGAGAGUGGGCACAGCCUCAGGCUCCAGCUUUGGUCCUGGCCCAGGAUGAGGAUCUCCAAGGGGGGAGACGCAGCGGGAGCCGUCAUGGUAUUUUUCUGUAGAUAAUAAAACUCAGGGAGUCUUCCA